AUGACAGUCACUCAUGAAGGUGAAGCAAGAGGCUUACCAAUCGGAGGCCUGCUUGGGCUACAGAAUGAGUUCAAAGCCAGUCUGGACAACUUAGCAACUCUGUCUAAAGGGUGGGUUUCACUCAGCUUGGAAUUCUUUGACAAGACUGCAAGGGUCUUCUUGCUGAAGGAAGGCCUUCUGAUCAAAGAAAAAAGCUACAGGGGAUAUGAAGAUAGUAUGAUUCCAUUUUCGUGGUAUCCAAGUAACCGUAAUCCCUACGUCUCUGUGUGUGGAGAUAAAGACAUUCCUGUGUGAGAUAUGAGGUCUACAAACGCACUAACACUAAACUUUAGACAAAGCAUUAAUAUCUGUGGGAGCCCCAUUGGGGAGACCAUGAUGGGCAUCAAGGAUGAUGUUGUAACCUUUACUGAUGCCAAGACCCACCAUUCCAAAGCAGAGACAGUGUUUGAGUUUGAGGUCAACAAUAUUUCCUAGAACAAUGAUAAUGACAAGUUCCCCUGACAAACAACUAUAGGUUAUAUCAACAUUCUCAGCUACACAGAACUUGCUGUACAGUAUUUCUAUGCCCAUUCUUCUACUUUCAUCGGUAUCAAUCUUAACCCCAUGGUGAAAUUUGAAGGGGGCACAGGUGCUUUGGCCACAUUCAAGGAUAUGGAUGAGGUACUAUGUGGAAAGUGCUUUACAGAAAUUUUAAGCCUCUGAGGAAACCUCAGUUUUAGCCACAAUAUGAAAAUGCUGGCACUGACAUCAGGGGAUCAUAUUAACACAGCUUGCAUAGACAGAAACUGGAAUGAACUGUGUGAGUCCCAGAACUUUACUAAGACUUCACAUUCUUAAAGGUUUCUGCUGGCAUUUGGCUGUGAUGACAAAAAUGGAAGAGAAGAAGAAGCUGAGGCUCUGAAGCUGUUUGGGCUUCCUAAUGAUUCCUAA